AUGUUCCGACAAUUGCAGCUAUUACGACCCACCUUUUUGGUCCAAUUUGUAAUUAUCCUUUCGUUAUCGGUAUCCUCAGCAGAACCGCUAUCUUCACUGAAAACAAGACAGGGCCAUGUUAACAAUCCUUUGGCUGAUCAACAUCUAAAUGUCCUUUGGGCUCGACGUGGAGGUGAGUACAAUAGCUCCUAUAUCGGCCCGAAGAAGGGAGGCCUUAUGGUGGACUACUUGGCCAGACGAUUCAAUUUCACGUACUCGUUUCUCACCGUGAACGAGAUUUAUUUGUACGCUGUAGGAAAAGCAAAACGAGGAUUAGUUGACUACUUACUCGAUGGGCAAUGCGACCUUCUCGUCCACGACGUUUUACUGACCACAGAGAAUUACAAGACAAUGGAACUGACACUACCUUGGCAUCGUUCCAUUAUUGUUUUCAUGGUUCCAGUUCCACUCAUCACGACGAAUCUCGACGCUGUCAUAAAACCCUUUCAAUGGCCGGUUUGGACAGGAAUAGGAAUAUCGGUGAUAACAAUCAUCUUUUUCUUGAAACUUACCGAUCGUUCACCUUUCGCGAUGUCUCAGACCUCGGAAGUCUCUCCGUCACCAACACAACAAACGGAGAAGGCAGACGAGAUUUGCGACCAUUCGAGUAGUACGCAAACUAAGAAAGAGCCAUGGAAUAUGUACCUUUACGUGUUUGGAAUGCUUCUUUCUCAAGGAGGAAGUUGCAUCCGGAAACACUGGUCAUCUCGUUUGGUAGCCGGAGUUUGGAGCUUGGCCACGUUUGUCUUCGUUCAAGCGUACACGUCAACUUUGUUUACUUACAUCGUCACACCUAGUACCGCGCCGCUAUUGGUCGAGUCGGUCUAUGACGUAGUCAACAAACCACAUAUUCAAUUGGUUAUUGAACGUGGACGAGGCUUCGAAAGCACUAUAAUGAACACGCGAGAGAAGACGGGAAUAUUCAAGCAGUUGCGUGACAAGCUAAUGGCCUUCCCGAAAACGCGCUGCUAUGGAGCAUCUGAUUGUGUAGCUUUGGUCAAAGACGGACCAAACGUCGUCCAUGGCAAUGCAUUCGUAUAUGUAGCGGACUACAUGAUAAACGAUUUCAAAAUUACAGGAAAAUGUAACUUUCAAGUGGCAAGAGAGUCCUUUUGGCCAAUCAUAGUCGGUUUUGGUUUACAAAAAAGAAGCCGUUACACUGAGCCCAUCAACAAAGGGAUUCUUGAAAUGUGGGAUAACGGUUUAAUGAAUCUCUGGGAAUCGUGGUUUCGUGCAAUACCAGGUAAAUGUGAAAAUAAUUUUAAACAAGUCAACAGAUCUCCCACCCGCGUCAAGACGUCACCUCUUUCACUCAAAAAUUUGGCGGGCGCAUUUGUCGUUUUGUCAGUCGGCUACGGCUUGUCGUUACUAGUUUUUGUGGUAGAGCAUAUCAUGGGAUAUGCAAAUAGACAACGUGAUCGUAAACGACGCAACAAUUUUUAAUGAAACGCAGAAAUCAUGCACAGCGGCUUUAGGUAAUUGACGAGGACUUAACGCCUCACAAUCUGCACAAUCCUAUGUUAUUCUAAUACAAUUCAAUUGCUUAGUUAAUUAAGUCCUGUUAGUUAUAAAAUUACCUUUCGCCCUAAUAAUCUCGUAAAGAAUUACUGCAAAAGAAAAAAUAUGGCUUUGUACGUACCAGUUUCUGUAGCUAGUUAGUGUUAUUCACCUUCUUAAUAAUGUAUUAUGCAAUUAUGCAAUUUUCUGUUGUAAUUUAAACCCAGGCUAGUAUACUGCCAUCAAUUGUUAAACAGCUCUAUCGAUUUUUAAUCUUUGUUUCCAUUCCGCAUAAUUACACCAAUCAAUUCCCUACUUUAAAAUAAUACACUUCACCUGAAUUACGUAAAAUUACGGAGGAUUUUGGAAUGAAAUAUGAACAUUAGGAUAUGUUUUACGAGGGGGAAAACAACGGAGAAUGCAGAAAUUUGAUCCCCCCAAUUUUCCCAUUGAAGCACGAAAUAGAAAGU